UAGGCGAUGGUUGAAAAGGCCAAGGCGCUCAUCCGCAGCAGCACCACCCAUCGCCAGUAGGGUGCGCUCUAUCCAGUGUACGCUCAGCUCUCAGCCAGCCUGCGCCUACGUAGGGCUUCCCAGGAGCCUCAGUGGACACGCCUGCGCAUUUUCGGACUAAGAUGUCGGCGGCUGCGGCUGUGGUCGCGGCCUGGCGGGGCUGUGGAGCCGCUGCUGCUGCCGCGGGGCUGCGUAGGCGUGCACCUAAAAUCCUCUUGCAGCACACCAGUGUACCUCGACACACCAGUGAAACUCACUGCUCCAGGCUCUAUCUUUUGAUGAAGAAUCCAUACACUAUUAAGAAACAUCCUCUACAUCAAUUUGUGCAGAGACCGCUUUUCCCACUACCUGCAGCCUUUUGUAACAAAGUGAGAUACAUGUUUAUUCAAACACAAGAUACUCCAAAUCCCAACAGUUUGAAGUUUAUACCGGGAAAACCAGUUCUUGAGACAAGGACCAUGGAUUUUCCGACCCCAGCUACAGCGUUUCAAUCCCCUCUGGCUAGGCAGUUAUUUAGGAUUGAAGGAGUAAAAAGUGUCUUUUUUGGACCAGAUUUUAUCACUAUCACAAAGGAAAAUGAAGAAUUAGACUGGAAUUUACUGAAACCAGAUAUUUAUGCAACAAUCAUGGACUUCUUUGCAUCUGGCUUACCCAUAGUAACUGAGGAAGCACCUUCAGGAGAAGCAGGAUCUGAAGAAGAUGAUGAAGUUGUGGCAAUGAUUAAGGAAUUGUUAGAUACUAGAAUACGGCCAACUGUGCUGGAAGAUGGAGGAGAUGUAAUCUAUAAAGGCUUUGAAGAUGGCAUUGUACAGCUGAAACUCCAAGGUUCUUGUACCAGCUGCCCCAGUUCAAUCAUUACUCUGAAAAAUGGAAUUCAGAACAUGCUGCAGUUUUAUAUUCCAGAGGUAGAAGGUGUAGAACAGGUUAUGGAUAAUGAAUCAGAUGAAAAAGAAGCAAACUCACCCUAAAAUAAUCUGGAUUUUCUUUGGGCACAAAAAUUGGACUUGUUGACACUAUAUACCAAGAUUUUAUUAUUAAUAUGCUGAGGAACUUGAGGAUUAAUAAAAUAUACCCUUUCUUCAGAGAAUGAUAUAUAAA